AUGUCACACAGUAAGGAGUAUGAAGACCCCCUUGAGAGCCUUCUCGCAGUAUCAGCAACCUCGAGAUCGUCGAGGGCGCGCUGCUUGUGGACUUGGUUGUCCAAACAUCCAACACCUGUAGUGAUUCUUGCACCUUGGGGCGCCACAUCAACUCUUCAUCGCAGGAAUUUCGCAAGUUUCCAUCGCAUAGGAAGACUUGAUGUUAUUCCCAUGCCUGUGGCAUAUCUGGCGCGAGACCUUGGGUUGGGCGAGCUCUUUGUAGGCGCAACACCCCACCCGCGGGCUCACCGUUCUUUCUGCACACACUUGCAAAACAAGGAACGCAGACCAAGUAGCGGAGUGAAUGCGCAGGAUUGCAUCUCAAAACACACGAUCAACGCACAGAGAUUCCUUACAGCUUCCUGCCAGUCGGUCCGCGACUCGAUCUGCUGA